ACUCUCCAUCUUUUCAACUAUCUCCACUUAAAAAAUCACAUCACUGCGUUGCUCCGUUUUGCAGUGAAUGACAGACAAACACACUUUUCCAUUUAUAAUAUUAGUAUGGAUUUUGAAUUAAGGUAUAAGUUUUCUUUAACAUCAUACUCCAUUCAGAUCAAUAUUAAAAGCUACUUUAACCUUUUAACCACUGUAGUCUGGUUUAAAAGAGAGACAUUGUACAGCUCAUUUCACCACUGUCAGCCUGUCUGACAAAAAAGAAAACGUUGAGUAAGUUUGUAUUGGUGUUGACAAAAGCAUGCUCAAUAAAAUAAAUCGAAGUGGUUAAAAGGUUAUGGUUAUUUUUAGAAAGAAAUUUAAAUAUUAAAUUCAUCUAUUAUUAUGUAGUCUCCUAUUGAUCUUGCGUUUUGACACUACACGAGAGUAUUAUGUAAUAUAAUUUCUAACAAAAUCAUUCUAUAAAUCAAAUAAAAUAUAAAAAGAGUUUGAUAUUAAUAAAAGUAUACAUGUCGUAGUUUAACUUUGCGCAUUAACCGCAUUAUAUUAACCGGAUUUAUUCGUUAUUCUCUUUUUACCAAGUUACACACAUGAUGAACAAAACGCAAUGUCAAAGUAAAUCUGUCAAAAAAUUCAGACAACAAUUUCACAUUAAUUGUACAAUUUGUACAGUACACUACACUACAACGAAACGAAAACAUGAACCGCUCGUAUAAGUAUUGUUUAAAUAUGUUCCUGAUCAAUUUAUCUUGCAAGAAAUCGAAUGGUUGAUUCUAAACAUCACAGUGUAUCCAAAGAUACACUCGACGAGCGUGAAAAUGGGGAGAACGCGACGUAUACGAAGCCAAAAGGCGCGUAAUUUUAGAACUUGUGGUGCUGAAAGUGAACUCAUACUCUUGAAUUCGUGGCUCGCUAAGGAAGGAAUGCUAUACAACAGCAAAUUGACCCUGGCUGUGUUCGACAGCACUGGCCGCGGCGUUCUCACCAAAAAGAAGAUAAACCCUGGAGAGGAGCUUAUGAACUUACCUCUAAACUUAACUAUAAAUGUAACCAGUAUUUUGAUGGACUCUACAUUUUGUAGUAUUUUUUUGAAUAGUGAUACAAAUUGUUUGAUACAAUAUAAGCAUACAAUAUCAUUUCAGUCACUGAUGGCAUUUUACUUAACAUUUCUACAGUCACAGGGUUCAAAAUCAAAAUGGUUUGUGUACUUAGAGAGCUUACCUAAAGAAUAUACUGUACCAUACUUUUUGCCUGAAGAAACAAAGUUAUAUGUACAUUCAGAUAUACUGACUGUUGUUGCAAAGCAAGAGGAAAUAAUUAAGACUUCAUUCCAUAUUUUUGAAGAUGUAUUGUCUCAUAGUACAAGUAGUCUAAUUGAUGUAAUUAAAUUUAAAGAUUUUCUUUCACAAUCUAAAUAUGAGUGGGCUUAUUUUACAGUCAAUACUAGAUGUGUUUACAUGGACUUAGAUAAAUUAGUAGAUCUGAAAAACAUAGAAAACUCUAUUUUGAACCUAAUUACUGAUAAUACUAAAAUAUCACUCUGUCCUUUUUUAGACAUGAUCAACCACAGUCCAUAUGCCAAAAAUGAGACCAAACUAUUGGUCAGUAAAAAUAUAGAAAAUAUUAGCAUAAGUAACUUAAGCCAAAACUUAUUUUCUGAUGUGAGAUUUUCUAUUUAUACCAAAAAUACUUUUAAUCCUUAUUCAGAAGUGUUUAUAUGCUACGGAGAUAGUCACAAUCUAAAGUUAAUCACAGAAUAUGGAUUCUGCUUGCCGAAUAAUGAUUUAGAUUAUGUAGCGUUUGAGUUUGAGGAUUUGGUUUCAUUCCUAAUGAUCAGAAAUAUAAAGCUGUCUCAAGAACAAAUUGCAUUUAUAAAUGGUCAUAAUUUGACUAAAGAUCUGUAUAUUGAUUUGAAAGGCCUCAGUUUUAAUUUCUAUGCUCUCUUGAUGGUUGUCAAAUACUAUUAUGAGCGGGACAAGGAUGUCAGUAGACUGAUAUACUCGGCAGCUAUUUGUUCUAACAACUCUGACCUCAACAAUCUGAUAAUGCCAAUGAUGGAAAAGAAACUAAACCUGAUCAAAGAAUCAAUUACUAAAUUGAAGACUUAUCAAAAUAAUGUAAUUUUGAAUAAUUGUAUAUCACUUAUGUGUCAAUAUGUUAGAAUAUUAGAGAAAUUUAUUAAAUGUUAGAGAUAAA